GAACGGCGUCGACCAGCACGCGGUUAGGACGGGCUCCGGUGGGAUCCCGACCAGCACCAACGGCCUUCAACGCCAUGGAUGCCUACGGCGCUCUUUUGCGGCUGCUGCUGCUGCUCUCCGCUUACCGGCCGGCCCUUACCAUCGGCUACCCGUCGCCCUGUGGCGACCCGGCGCCAAAUGACCUCGGGUCAGGUCGCGGACCGGACCUGGAACGACCUCCGACGGUGGCCUUUCUGCUCACCAGUGGCAUACCGUCCUCCCAGCCGGGGCUGCUCGGCUUCCAGAGAACGGUCACCAGCGUCAACGCCCGCAUCGAGCAAGAAUACGGCUCCUUUAUCACUGAGCUGCCGGGACUCUACCUGUUCACCUUCACAGCGGUCUCGGACAGUAAAAGCCACUUCAGGAUUGCUCUGAGGCGAAACCUGCAGACGGUGGUGACGGCAUUCGCAGAGCGCUCCGGCUACCAGUCGGCCUCGCAGAGCGCUCUGAUACAGCUCAGCGCCGACGACGUCGUCUACCUGCAGGUAGAGGAGGGUUGCAUAUUCGAGUCGAGCACCCCGGACCAGACAUACACGUCUUUUAGCGGUAUGCUGGUGGCGCCCUCUGCGGACCCCUGGACACUGGGUGAGCGUCCGCCGCUGCCAACACCAGGGGGCACUGGAGAGCUGCGACCGCCCUUCCCAGCCGCAGGAUUUGCGGCCAGGCCUGGCGCUCCGAGCGGGCUGCGACCGGCCGGAGGGUUUCGCUGGCCGCCGAUGGGGACGACCCUCGGACCCUCAUCGGGGCGACCUGACCUGACCCACGGCGCCGGAGGGCAGGAAGUCGCGCCGCCGGGGCUGCUGCCGCCUCAGGUGACUGCCGGAGGCGAGGACCGGGUGGAUUUUCUGCCUCUGUCUGCUGUCGGUACUCAGAAGGUCCCGUCGCCGCCGCUGCCUCCCUCUGAGGGAGAGGAUGCCGUGCCAGACGGGUCGGAUGGCCCGACACCGGGAGACGGCCGUCCACCGGGCGUGAGGAGGCUGUUCCCACUACCUCCCCACAGCGACACCAGUGACCUGGCCGAGUCGCCUCCGGAGCGGCCAAUGAGGUUCCCGGAUGGUUAUGACGUCAGCUCGGGGCCAUGCUGCGGUGGCACGGUCCCGAAGGCCGGCCGACUCGGCUGAGCUUCGCCAACACCCGACGGCAGCCAGCUGAAUCGGACAGGAGCAGCCGCCGACACCCGACGGCAGCCAGCUGAAUCGGACAGGAGCGGCCGCCGAUACCCGACCACAGCCAGCUGAAUCGGACAGGAGCGGCCGCCGAUACCCGACGGCAGCCAGCUGAAUCGGACAGCCAGCGGCCACCGAUACCCGACGGCAGCCGGCUGAAUCGGACAGGAGCGGCCGCCGAUAACAUCAUCCGAUUCGUGCAUUAUGACAGAAGUGAGCGAUAUGAAACGGGUCUUGGGAGUUGGGAUACUUCGUGUCGUGGACGUGCGUUUUGUGCGAGUUGCCAAUCAUUGCACCGCAUGGGUGCAAGCCUAUGCUUUAUAGUUGCACGGAUUUGUUUAACUUCAUGAAUAUAACAUUUCAAUAUUCAAUG